UCGAGUUUAAACAGAAUGGCAGAUAUCGCGAAAGUUUAGCGGGUCUGACGCAGAACACGUUUCUGAAGGCACCUUUAGAGCCUUGUUUCGACCUGUUCAGUGGAUUAUUGGAGGGCGAUUGCAAUGUUGGUGAUGGUAGUAAUAAUACCUCGAAUAAUACAAUAACAUAUUCUGAUCAUGUUUUAACGGCGGAGAAAGAAUUAAAUGAAGCCUUAAAAUGCCGCUACUCUGAAAAUAGGCGAAAAAUAUCGCUAGUUACAGACAAGGAAGUUUAG